AUGGUUGAGGCUGAGGUGUUUGAACUAAUCAGUGGCAGUGACGGCAGACGAAUAUGGGCGUUUGACAACCAUGCUGCCAAGGUGUCCAUCAGUAACUUCUACACGUCACAGUUCAUCCACGACGUUGAUGGCGAUGAUGUGCAAGACAUCUUAACGAUUCAUGGCGGCGAUCCACUGAGGAAACCAGGUGCAAAUGUGUCUUAUGCGGGCCGAUUGAUAUUAUUUAGCGGAGCAACUGGGCAUGUAAUUACCUGGUCUAUGGUUCCAGACAAGAUGGAAUCCUACUAUUCACCGCAGGUGUACUUCGACAGCCACGGGGAGAAGGUUGUACUGUUUGGAACUGGCGGAGAAACAAUUGGAGGCGCACUUUAUGUGAUCAAACUCGAUUAUUUCAUUCGUGGUCAUAUGCAAAUGGCAAGAUGUUUAUAUAAAGAUUCAUAUAAGGGAGUGAUUACUCCCCCAGUGUUGCUAGACAUAACACGUGACGGUGUAAUGGAUAUUGUCAUAGCAACCUUCAACUCUACAGUACUGGCUAUAAACGGCGACAAUUAUGAUAUGCUGUGGAACUUCUCAAUACCGAUGUCGGAGACCUACUCAACCCCUGCUCCCGGCUUUUUCAAUGAUGACGAUAUUCCAGAUUUUCUUGUAAUAUUUAAUCACGGCCCAACAUACCCUGUCUACUAUUACUCUGAGGUGACUGUGUUAGAUGGAAGGACAGGUCAGCCUCUGCUGGAACCCUUCAUUCGUCAUUCUGGCGGCAUUCAGAGCUCUCCACUUACAGUUAACGUCGAAGGAACUGCUCAAGACAUGUUUCUUUACUUCUCCUCAGAUUGCUUGAACCACGAGGGCAAGAGUACCAAAUUCUCAUUUACAAAAACUACAUUAAAGUCCGAAAUCAAUAGUGAUUUGUGUGUGCUGCGUUUUAACACGAGUUCAUUUUCACGUCUUUAUGCAGUGAGUUCCAUAACUGGCAGUCCUGGUGCUAUCAUUUAUGAUUCUCUUAGUCAUACUUCCGAAGAAUACACGCAUAGUGUGAACACAGGUCUAUUAGCAAAGGCGUUUCUAGAAAAGUAUCCCGAGACUGCGCAGUACGUCAUAGAUAGACAGAAGAGUAAAGAUGAUGAAAAAGAAACUGAUAAAAGCGGAGAACUCAUGACAACCACUGUAGAUUCAGCUGACGUUUUAAAUAAUCAGAAACACGGUAAUAAAGGCGAUCAGACAUCUGAGUCAGAAGAUGGUAUAUUGGGCUCAUAUGGAAAUAACUUUUUAUCUAGUUAUGAGAAAGAGUCUGAAAGAUUAGGAUCAUAUUACAACAUUAAAACAGACACAUUUACUGAAACACCAAAUGAACAUUCAAAACACUCGAAGGACCAUAAAGUAAUGCAGCUAAUUAAAGAAAUGAGAGAAAAUGGAUACUCUAAGUUGAACGUUGAAGGGGCUCGAAAUGGUGAUAGAACACGGCAGCACUCCAGUGACAGACAUUCGGAACACCACGACAGACCAAAACGGCACGCCGGCCCUCAUGAUUCUGGCGGGCUACAACGGUUGAUAGCAACUGGUACACUUGCUCCUAGUCUGAGUCAUGAUGAUCAUGGCAUUGAUUUGAUCUUUCCAGUUUACUGGGCUUAUCCAUCACCGACAGAGAUUCUAACCGAAGAUGAGCAGAAGUGUGUUGACCGUAAAAUGGCAGCAGAGGGGGACAGAAUGAAUAGUAACAGUAAAUAUUUUGGAAUGGAUCACGAUGCAUAUGACCAAGUAGUUGAAGAGGAGUGCAAAGGAAAUAACACUGAUUCUAUGAAAAUAACUGAAAACAUAUUGCGGAUGUACCCGUUUAAUCUGCACAUGGGCGAGAUGACAGUUUACAGAUUACACUUAUCAUGCCAGUUGAUUGGAUUUCUAAUUAAUGUUGAUGAUAAUAAAAUAUAA